AUGAUUGAGGAACGUUCAUAUCAGCCAGGGAGUCUGUGGUUCUAUGCACCGAACAAAGGCGCCCCCAUAGCCUUUGCGAUUCUCUUCGCUGUCUCGGGCGUAGCUCACUUUUAUCAGACCUUCCGCUACAAGUCCUGGAAAGUGACGGGCAUGUUGCCAUGGUCAGCACUUCUUUUCACGGCAGGAUUCAUCAUGCGCACCAUCGGUGCCUUUGGACAAUGGGGCAACAUUCCAGUUUAUAUUUCAAGCACUGUCCUCCUUUUGGCUGGACCGCCGGUCUACGAAACGGCCAACUACUUAAUCCUCGGUCGCAUGCUCUACUACAUCCCAUAUCACUCACCUAUACACCCCGGUCGCGUGUUCACAACUUUCGUUGCCUUGGCUGCGGCCAUUGAAGCUAUCACCGCCAAUGGAGCCGUCCGAGUCGCCAGUGCUAGCUCUACAGUCAGUGAGCAAAACACCGGCAAAGCGCUGCUCAAGGCUGCACUCAUCAUGCAGAUUGCCUUGAUGGUCGGAUUCGUGGCACUUGCCGGACGAUUUCACAUCAACUGUUCGAAGGGCGGUGUCUUGAAUCGGAAAAUUAAGCGCACCUUGAUUGUUCUUUACAUCAGCUGCACGCUCAUCACCGUUCGAACCAUUUACCGUACCGUCGAGUAUUUCACUGCUGCGAGCCUGAACAACUACACGGACAUCCAGCACAUUAGUCCCAUUCUCAAGCAAGAAUGGUUUUUCUGGUUCUUCGAGGCCGUCUUCAUGUACAGCAACACCACCAUGCUCAACAUUUUCCAUCCGAUGUCAGUGCUUCCGCGCUCGAACAAGGUAUAUCUGGCCGCAGAUGGCGUGACAGAAAUUGAAGGACCGGGUUAUGACGACCCCCGACCCAAACUCGUGACUAUCAUUGAUCCUUUCGACAUUUACGGUUUAAUUACAAAGCGUGGCAAGCAGCAGAAGUACUGGGAGACCGGUGGUGUUCAUCCCGACGAGACUCGCACCGCGCAAGACGCAUAA